ACGAGGGAGAGCGGACGCCGUUCCGUUGCGAGAUACACACUCGAAAAGGGGUAGAUAAUUCAUAAAAAGUGUACCGUGUGAGUGUUGGUGUGUGUCCGUCUUGUGUGGGAAGGUUGAUUGAUUAUUAGAAUAUAUCCCCAAAGUCGUUCCCCCCCAAAAGUGUCCCAAAAGUGGUGUCCCAAAGUGUGGAGAGGAGAGUUCUACCGGGAGUUCUACCGCCUGCUGCUGCUUCUUGUUCCGUGUUUGUUUUGUUGUCUCCGCUUUCGGUUGUCUUUCGUACACACGUUUGACAAGCCUGGUUUGGCUGGUGGCGAAGAGGGAGAGAGUGCAAAAACCUUGGCGUGCAAAACCUGGAAACCGGGAAAGCAACCCCAGCGUCCCACGGUCCGUCCCCGUGCGGUAGAAAAAUUGAAUAAUGCAGCAGACGCAGAAGAAGCAUCAGCAGCACCACCAGAAGGGUUACUGGAUCCCGCAAAUUCCAGCCGGUUCGCGCGUGUGUUGGUGAGCAGCGGAAGGAUGUGAAUAUCGUGGCGUUUGGUUGACCGACAAGAAGCAAAAGAAUAAGUAGCCGUUGCACAAUUGCAUAAGGUCCCGAUUGGUGGUGCAGUUUUUUUCCUCUCGGUUCGGUGUGCAACAGUUAUUUGAAGAAGUGCGCCCGAUUGUGUUGUGCACGCGCGUGUGUGUGUGUGCGUGCGUGUGUGUGUGUGUGUGUGGGCACGUGAUGUCCUGGUUGGUGUCCUGGUACGGGCCACUCCCGCCGUUUUGCCAAAAUGCAGUAAAGCAGUGAGUGUGUGAGUGCGUGCGUGAGUGAGCAAAAGUGUUGUUUUGCUGUUUGAUUUUUGAGAAAGAAGCUUCCUUCCACGGUGCACGAAAUGUGUGAUAGUGAGAUUGCGGGCGGUGGGGGUCCGGUGGUGCCAUCGGCGGUUCCCGCCCAACCGAUACCGGUAUUAUCACCGCAGCCCAGCGCCAAUGGCAUCGUGGAAGCCAUCAACCCGGCGGUGCAGCAGAUGGCGAGCUCCCUUUCCGCACACUCGAUGCAUCAUCAUCUGCAGCAGCAGCAGCACCAGCAGCAGCCGUUGGUGCAUCCAAGCAACGCCACCAGUGCUGGUGCUGCCCCGGAUAGUGGCGGAGAGUACGUGUCCGCGCAGGAACUGGAAAUGGAGAACCAUUGGCUGCGGGAGAAGCUGAAGGAGAUCACCUCGGACCGGGAUCGAUUGCUGUGCGAGGUGGCCAAUCUGCGGCUCGAGCUCGAUAUGGCGGAACUGAAGCGACUUCCGGAACAUCACAGGUGAGUGAAUGUGACACAAAGGAGAUGACAGACUGCUCUCUCUCUCUGCUUUUUUGGUGACGUGUCUCGCCGAGGUUAGUCGUUGUUGCUCUCCGUUGACAAAAUGCAGUCAACCAGCCGGCAAAUAAUCGCCAACGCCAACCAGCGGAGUUCCAUUCGCCCCGGCGUACGUGAGUAUGUUUCAUCAUCAAUUCAAUGCCUUAUUGUAUGGCGCGUAGUAGCUGCGAACGUCAAGCAUCGCUGAGGUUGACCUUUCGGGUUCGGGUAUAAUUUGGAAAAGAUUGAAUCACGGCAGCUCGCUCGCAAAGAGGAAUGUUAUUCAUACUCACGUCAAGUGUUUGGCACAUUACGGAAAUGGGUUUGGCCAUUCGUCCCCCCUUUACCCAAUACAGACAGCGCACGGCUCCCGAAAUGUGUGAUGAUUUAUGAUGCUAUAUUUAAGCAUUAAAUUGUGGAUCAUUUUCAGGUGUCUCAGGCUCAUUCGCUGCACGAUAAACUGUUAUAUUUAAUUUAUCAAAACGAGUGACUUUCCCGACUUCCUACUAAGUUCUACUUUCUCCCUGCGUUCGUCCGUAUAGUUCUGGUUCUGACAAGAUAACGCCUCCGUCUAACUUCAAGCAGACGGCUUAAAAGACGCUUCUCACACGCGUUAAGCAUAAUAAUGGGCUCGUUUAGUUUAAUGUGCACGCCCGCAAGCAGGUACGA